AUGUGCCGCUUCAUGAUCUACAAGGGCCGCGAGACCAUGAUGCUCCUGGACCUUCUUACGCGGCCGGCGCACUCCAUCAUCAACCAGUCGUUCGACUCGCGGCUCCGGCUCGACAUGCGCAACCCCAUCAACGGCGACGGUUUUGGCGUCGGGUACUACCGCACGUCCAGCGAGCCGUGUGUGUUCAAAGCCAUCACGCCCGCGUGGAACAACGUCAACUUGAACUCGCUCUCCAACUGCACCGAGUCGGACUUGGUGUUUGCGCACGUGCGGGCGUCCACCCAAGGUGUCUUGUCCGAGACAAACUGCCAUCCGUUCUCGUACGGGCGGCUCAUGUUCAUGCACAACGGCGCCGUGCUGGCGUUUGCCCGCCUCAAACGGACGCUCCUCAACCACAUCGACGACCGCUUCCUUCUUUUCAUCCAGGGCUCCACCGACAGCGAGUGCUGCUGUGCGCUUUUCUUGGACACGCUCCACAAAAUGGGCUACGACCCACAAGACCCGGCCACGCAGUUUGGCCACGCGGUGUUGCGCACCGCCUUGCUCACCACCGUGCGGCUUUUGCGCGAGUGGCAGACGGAGCUCACGUCCGAGCCGUCGCUUCUCAACUUUGCCGUCACCGACGGCGAGCUGGUGGUGGUUUGCCGCUACAUCACGUCUCGCACCGACGAGGCGGCGUCGUUGCACUUCAGCACGGGGCUGCGCUUUUUCGAGUACGAGCCCGGCUUGUUCAAGAUGGAGCGCCUCAACCGCUCGCAGGACGUGGUUUUCGUGGCGUCCGAGCCGCUAACUUUUGAGCGGGGCGACUGGACUUGCGUGCCCACCAACACGGUGAUUUCCAUCACGAAAAACAACACGGUGCUCAUGCAUCCCAUCGAGGACGAGUUCUACGAUGCGCACGCCGAAAGACUGGAAGGCUUGGCCUUGAGCAAAGGUCUCAUGGGCGGCGUUCCAAAAAGCACGCGGACUCGGGCCGAGGGCGCUGUCGAACAGACCGUGUCCCACUUGCCUCCUUUGGAAAGAGAGGGCAGAGUGCCGGGGCUUGCGGCAUGA